AUGUCUUCCAAGACGGUGAUCAUCUCUCACCCGGCCCCAAGCGUGGUCAAAAUUACGCUAAAUCGACCCGAACGCCUGAAUGCGCUCAACGCAGAGCUUCUACGUGACCUUAUCGAUGCUUUACAUGCCCACAGAGAUGCACAUAUCAUCAUUCUCGAAGGUGCAGGGGACAGGGCAUUCUGUGCUGGAGAAGAUCUCAAGGAAACUCUCGCUCCGCGCAUGGGAUCUCCAGAGGAACUGCGUAUCGCGUUUAGUCUGCUACAAGACGUCACUCGUCUGACUUCUUCGUCCUCUGUGAUUAUAGUAGCCGCUGUACAGGGAUAUGCAGUUGGCGGCGGAGCAGAGAUUGCCUUGGCAGCAGACUUCGUCGUUGGCGGCCCAGAUGCAAAGUUCCAAUUCCCUGAAGUGACACUCGGCCAUGCUGUUACAGGAGGAAUCUCGCUGCGAUUGUCUCACAUGGUCGGUCUGUUAAAGGCCAAAGAGCUUCUGAUCCGAGGCCGAACUAUUGGGGCUCAUGAGGCACUGGGCAUCGGUCUACUCAGCGAGAUUGCAGAGAAUCCAAAAGUACGGGCCGAAGAGCUGGCGUUGGAGCUGGCAAAGCUGCCGACAGCUGCAGCAUCCAGCCUCAAAACGUCAUUGGAGCGAGGGGUUUUCUCUAACAUGGAAUCGGCUCUACAUGACGAGGUGAACGCCGCUAGUUACUGUUUCGCUAGAAGGGAGGCUGCAGAUGCUUUCAAGAAUUUUGCCGACAGAAAGCAGAGACAGAGCAAAGUUCGGGUUAUUAAUGAUGCGCUCGAGGCGGCCGUUCAAAAAUACCCCACCAAAGUCUUCAUGCGAUGCCAGGGCCAAGAUGUCACUUUCCAGGAGUUUGAUUGCAGUGUGGCGGCUCUCGCCAGCGGGCUUCGCAGGGCGGGAGUCCAAGCAGGCAACCGGGUGCUCGUCAUGAUGAAGAAUAGCCUCGAGAUGGCUCAUACCUGGAUGGCCACUAACAGGCUCGGUGCAGUGUGGGUUCCCAUCAAUACAGAUUGGCGGUCGUUGACACUGAAGAGCGCGGUAGCUGCAGCAAAAGCAACAGUCGCGAUUGUGGAUAGCCAGUAUGUCGACAUGAUUGAAGGAACUGGUGCAUUUAAGCGCGAUUCCAUCUGGAUUCUUAGGAGCGGUAACGCCCAAGACAUGUCUAUGCUCUACCUCAACGAAGCACCCCUAGCGGCAGCCUUCGCCGUGACACCGGCCACCACCUCUGCCUUCUUGUAUACCAGCGGGACGACGGGCAAGUCUAAGCCAUGCAUCCUAUCACACGAGUAUUUUAUCAUCCAGGCUACCCUCUUGAUAGAAAGUUGCAAGCUGCGAACAGAUGAUGUGCUCUACUGUCCGUUCCCGUUAUUCAAUGCAGAUGCAACAGCACUCACUAUUAUCCCGGCAAUUUUACUUGGUGCAACUGCUGCUUUAUCUCCCAGAUUCACGGCAAGUCGAUUCUGGGAAGAGAUAAAGGAAACGCAGGCGACGGUGUACGAUUUCAUGGGCGCAACACUGGCCCUGAUCUAUAAGCAGCCACCAAGCCCGCGGGAUCGGGAUCAUCGAGUUCGACUUGCCUGGGGUGUGCCGAUCCCGGCAUUUGCAGCGGAUUAUGAAAAGCGAUUUGGUCACCCGCUCCUUACACUGCAUGGCAGUGUGGAGGCGAGCAUUCCAAUAGUCCAAAGAGAAGGCCCCGUUCCUCUUGGAUCCUGCGGCGUCCUGCGCCCGGGGUAUCAGCUACGCAUUGCGGACCGGGAAGACGAACCUCUGCCUCCCAAUACAUCGGGCCAAUUGUUGCUCCGUAGUGAGAAUCCGAAUGCCUUUUUCCAGGGCUAUUUCAAUGACCCGGCCAAUACGGUCAAGGCAUUUGCCAAUAUGUGGCUGCACACGGGCGACAUUGCGAAGGUAGAUGAGUGUGGCAAUGUUUUCUUCCUAGGCCGUAUCAAGGAUAUCAUCCGGCGACGUGAGGAAAAUGUUAAUGCUUCGGAAGUGGAAGAGGAGUUUCUGCAGCAUCCUGAUGUUAUCAUUGCUGCUGCAUUUGCAAUUCCUAGUGUGUUGGGAGAGGGGAUAGAAGAUGAUCUUAAGGUUGCGGUGAAGUUGCGCAGUGGUAGUUUGACGGACGAAGACGCUUUGUGGCAAUGGUCGCAGACGCAUAUGGCGCGACAGCAAGUGCCGACUAUCAUCGAGAUCGUGGAGGAGCUGAAACAAACGCCGACUGGGAAAAUUGAGAAGAGCUCGCUGUCCGUGGAGGGUGGAAAGAGUUUUACGACACGUUUGGCCAGACUCUGA